CCCUAGCCGACCCUCUAAGGCCUGACGUCCCUAUUCCCACUCCUCUCCAUCAUCACACCGUCAAUCAGAGACAACAUCCGACAAGAUGGCCAAGUCCAAGAACGCGUCCCAGCACCACCGCAGCCAGAAGGCUCACCGUAACGGUAUCAAGAAGCCCAAGACCAACCGUUACCCUUCCCUCAAGGGUGUCGACCCCAAGUUCCGCCGCAACAACCGUCACGCUCAACACGGCACCAUGAAGGCCCUUAAGGAGCGCAAGGAGGGCAAGCGUGAGCUCGCAUAAAUUAUGAACUCAGUCUUAAAAAAAUGGGAAACAUGAAAUGCAACUCGAGCGUGCAAGAGGUCCAGAGAACAUAACGUGUGCGAUGAUCAAGGACGGUCCGCUGUGUCGAAUAGGCCUGGUUUUUGCUUAUUCCUUGCGCGACGAACCUCGAGUUGUUUGAUAUCGAGAAAUCAACAGGCUUAAUUCGAUGUGCACAGCGGUGCCCUUUUCCCAAGCGGAAUCUCUUCUGCUAUAUCCUCUUCUUUUUCCUUCCAGACUCGAGGGCUCGACUUCGUCUGUGUUGCGGCCCUUGAGCUUAGUCUCU